CCGCGAGUGAAAAAAAAAAAAAAAAAACCUUACAACCGCGACGGCCGCCGACGCAGGCAGACGGCCGCCAUGGCCAUGCUACUCCGGCGACCCCUCCGGGCCCUCACCCUCCCGCUCCUCCGCCCCCACCUCUCCACCGCCGCCGCGGCGGAGGUGUCCCCCGCGGAUCACCACCCGGACCUCCUGUCGCCGCCGUUCGGCUACCUCCCGGGCCACCCGCGGCCGGACGCGAAGCACGACGAGCUGAUCCUCGCCGUGCCGCGGGCCUCCCCGGGACGCCACGUGGCGGCCAAGGAGCGGAAGGCCGGGCGGGUGCCGGCCAUCGUGUUCGAGCAGGAGAACGGCCAGGAGGGGGGCAACAAGCGCCUCGUCUCCGUCCAGUCGAAGCAGAUCCGCAAGCUCGUCGACCACCUCGGCCGGUCCUUCUUCCUCUCCCGCCUCUUCCGCCUCCAGGUCUGGUCCGAGCACGCCGGGCAGGGGGUGCUCAUCGAGAGCGUCCGCGUCCUGCCGCGUAAGGUACACUUACAUGCAGGCACUGAUGAGCCUCUGAAUGUGACAUUCAUGAGAGCCCCUUCGUCGGCACUGCUCAAAAUUGAUGUUCCUUUGAUGUUCAUUGGGGACGAUGCGUCACCUGGUCUUAGGAAAGGAGCCUACUUCAAUACCAUAAAACGAACUGUGAAGUAUCUCUGCCCUGCUGACAUAGUGCCACCCUACAUUGAGGUGGAUUUAAGCGAGUUGGACGUGGGCCAAAAACUGUUGAUGCGUGAUCUAAAAGUCCAUCCAGCUCUGAAGUUACUUCAGUCACCAGAACAACCCAUCUGUAGUAUUAUAGGGUCAAGAGCACCUGAACAGAAGAAGUCAAAAUAACUUUGUUCGAUGUAUUAACUGUUUUCACAUAAUAAGAUCCUCGUUUUACAUUCAUGCUUGGGUUAUUUGAGUCUUUAUUGUCCUCCAAGAGUGAAUACUAGGAUGAUUUGUAGCCUAGAGACCACUAUUUUGCCUGAGGAAUGAAUUGGAAGCCAGAUGCUGCAACUACA